UCCGUCAGUUCGUCAGCGACUCUACUAUAGAUUCUAGUGGGGAGACAGUAGCCAACGCGGCGUGCCACUCAACAGUCACGACAAAUCAAAUUCUCACACAAUUUUGUGCAAACGGCGCAAUUCCUCCAACUGAACUAGUUCCACCCUUUGGAAGAUGCACACCGAUUGGUGCAAUCACGCGAGCUUCCGUUUACGAGACGCUUCCCCUUCCUAAGCGCAGUGCAUUUGCCCAACAGAACUCCGGGAAGAAAUCUAGACCGAAAGUUGUAACGACCAACCGAAGGCAUGUUUAUGAUGAUGCUUCAAGUCCCACCGAUUUUCGUGGUGACGAUGUUGAUUCUCAUGCCGCCGGUGACUAAUGGACAAUAUUAUGUUGAACGUCUCCCACCGAGAAGUCGCGCUGGGAUUGUACCGGUAGUUGAAGCAGCGGCACUGCCAAACGGGGUCACUUCUCCGGAAUCUUCGACAGUGGCGGCAGCAGCAGCGAGAACAACACCGGUGGCCUCCGGUGAAAACAAAUUGUUUUGGAACCGGACAAAGACGACGACCAUGAUGUCGCAAAGCGCCAAUGAUGAGGAAUUGCUCCCGACCCUGGCCAACGGACAUCUAGGCUUUACGGUGUUCGGCGAUGCGAUCUACAUGAACGGUUUGUACAACGGUCACCGGGGGCUGAGUCACAGGGCCAGAAUAGCAAACAUUGCCAACAUUCGGUUGUCCUUCUCCGGUGGGAACCAACCGCCUCCGAUUCCGUCGAUGGACUUUGAGAGCGGCACGUUUCGCGUCGAUUAUCGAGGACCUAAUAAUAGCUUCAGGGUAGUGCAGCUGAUCUAUCCCCAUCAAUUGUACAAUCGUGCGAUCGUCAAUCAAUUUACAAUCGAACGGAUCGAUGGCAAAGAUGAUAUUCGCAUCGGUAUAAAGCAAAACCCUACCAUUCCCAACACCGAAGACAUCGCAUUCAGCCCGGUGAAAACCAUCUUCAUUAGCUCUGGCGCGGAACGGAAGCACCGGAACCGUACCGAUGAAUAUUCAUUCAGGGUGUACCAAACGUGCGGUACCACAAUGGAACUGGAAGAUCCCGAGCACCAACGGAACCAGCAGCGACAGGUGUGUGUCUUAUGGAAUCAUGUUCCAGAAGAGCUCACACUGGAACGGUCCGAGAGCACGGUGUCGUACAAAUUCAUAAUGACGGCUGACGAGAGUGCUAACUUGGCCCGGCAAGACCUGACUGAUGCCCUUCGCACCGCGAACGAUGAACUGCUGCGCCUCCAUGGUGACCUUUGGCGAGCAUUUUGGAACGAUUUCGACAUCACCGCCGAGGGAAAUCCGACCCUCGAACGAAUCAUCCGGGCGAGCGUGUUCUACUUGAUAAGCAACUUUCCGCUAAAUCCAUCGCGGAGCCACCUGUUCGGCGGAUUAAGCCCAACGGGACUCGGACGGGGUGGAUCCAAUCUGGAUGAUUACGAGGGACAUUCGUUCUGGGACACGGAGAUUUGGAUGUUCCCGGUGGUGAAUCUAAUCGAGAGCAGGUUCGCCGAGAUGAUGGUCGAUUAUAGAUUCCGCAGGAUGGAUGCGGCGCGACAAAAUGCCUUGGCUAGUGGUUUUCGUGGAGCAAAAUACCCCUGGGAAAGCGCUUGGUCCGGUAUCGAAGUGACCCAACCUUGCUGUCCGGAAGUGGCGCAAUUUCAACACCACAUUACCGCAGACAUAAGCUUCGCUCUAAGGCAGUACUUUGCCGCCACGCAAGACCUCGUCUGGCUGCGCAACCAAGGAUGCCCUUUGGCUCAGGCAAUUGCCGAGUUUUGGGCCAGCCGAAUCUCACCAGAUCCCGUUACAGGGCUGUUCGACAUCAAGGAGGUGAUGGGACCGGAUGAAGAUCAUGAAAAUGUUACCAACAAUGCGUACACCAACGUGGUCGCGGCCUAUGCGCUGUUCUUUGGAGACUUGACGAACUGCCUUUGCAGCUACCAAGACGACGACAACAGUAUCGAUAGCGGUAAUAAAACCCACUCAACCGAUCUGGACAAAGCCGAGCUGCUGAUGGCGCCACCAUUCUCCAUUUGGAGCUCUCUAGCGAAACGCCUAAAGCUGCUUUAUGACACCGUAAAUGACUAUCAUCCCCAGUUCGAAGGCUACCGAUUGGGAACCGUGAUCAAACAGGCGGACACCGUGCUGCUAGGCUAUCCGUUGCAGUACCCUGGCAUGGGGGCCUCCACCAGGAGCAAUGAUUUGCGAUUUUACGAAUCCGUCACCCGACGCUCUGGACCAGCAAUGACCUGGGCCAUGCAUGCUAUUAGUCAUCUGGAUCUGGGCGAGCUAGAGAAAGGUUCGCAACUGUUCGAUCAGAGCUAUAAAAAGUACGUUCGGGAGCCGUUCCUGGUGUGGAGUGAGGUGGAGCCGGGUAUUCGGGGAGCUUCCAACUUUAUUACUGGUGCGGGAGGAUUUCUGCAAGCCGUGAUCAAUGGGUUUGGAGGUGUGAGAUUGUUUUUGGAUCGUAUGGAGAUACAGAGGCCGAAGGUACCAAUGAGUACAAGGAGACUAUCAAUUAAAGGGGUCAGAUAUCUGGGCGCGAAACUGAGCUUGACAGUGUCCGGCGAUGAGAGUACACUGGAAUUCACGAGUGUCACACGAGAUAUGAUCAUAAGUAUUGGUGAUUCUGAAUUUGAAACUAUAACAGUGAAUAAAGUGUAUGAUACUUCAGACGCCACCGCAAUUAUCAAAGCCAAAGAUAGCAUAUACAAAAACUGCAAUAUCCCUGAAGAAGUUAUUAGUACUGUUCAUUCAUAGCUGUCGGGCAUCUAAUUUUGAAAACAGUUUCCUCAAAUGCCCAGCAUUAUCAAAUGAGAGAAUUAUUGUCACAACAAACAAAUAAAUUCAUGUAAACUUCAA